CUCGGAGCGGAGGUUGAGGGCCACCACUCCGCCACUUCUCUCGCCUUUGCCCUACGACAGCCGUCACUGCCGAAGGGGCCGCCAGCCGCGCGCAUCCUGGUCGCGAGCGCCGACCAGGGGUGCGGAGGGGUGGCGGCGGAACCCGGCUGCGGAGGGUGCGCCCGAGGCUGGCACCCCGAGGUCAACGGCGAGGCCAAACAGCCGAGAUGUGAAAGUAAAGAAAGGACAUAUAAAAUAACAAAGAUGGUUUUGAGCCAGAAUGUCUCAGCGGUUGGACCACUUAAUUUGUAUCCCAUGGUGCACAUCAGCCUCAUGUUUGGUAUUUCGUAUGUUUUGCCUGAUUUUUCACAUGAAUCUUGCACUUUAAAGAUGACAUUACGAAAUUUGCAGUCAGUCUUAUCAUGGGAAUUAAAAAACCAUUCACUUGUACCAACCCACUAUACAUUAUGGUACACCAUCAUGAGUAAACAAGAAGAUAUGAAGAUCGUUGGGGACUGUACAAAUAUCACAAGAUCAUUCUGUGACCUAACAGAUGUGUGGGUAAACAUGACAGAGAUGUACAUCCCCAAAGUGGUUGGAUUCAGAGGGAACGCAGAGCUGGUCAGUUGUAUGGGCUCUUUCUUCCUGGCAAUGGACACACUGCCUUUGGACCCACCAGAGUUUGAGAUUGUUGGUUUUACAGACCACAUCAGUGUCAAUGUGAAAUUUCAGUCUGUCGCUCCCAAGAUACUAAAUGAGGAAGAAUUACAGUUUUACUUAGCAUUAAUUGAAGAACAAUCAGGGGGGACCGUUAAGAAGCAUAAACCCCAAAUAAAUGGAAACGUCACUGAAAAUUUCAUUUAUAUCAUCGACAAGUUAAUUCCAAAAACAAACUACUGUGUAUCUGUUUAUUUCGAGCCUAGACAUCCGAGAAAAAUAAAUAGAUCUCCCUUAAAAUGUACCCUCUUCCAACCUGGAUGGGAAUCAGAGUCAUCAGAAUCUGCCACAAUAGGAGGAAUAAUUACUCUGUUUUUAGUGGCUGCUGUCGUCAUAAGCACUGUAAUGAUGCUGAAACGGAUCGGUUACAUAUGCGUAAGAAAUAAUUUCCCCAAAGUUUUGAAUUUUAAUAAAUUGUCAGUCUGGGUAUUUCCCGAGCUGCCUCCGUUGGAAAAAGUGGCUACCGUGGAGCUUAUUCACAUCAACAGAAAGAAGAAAGUGUGGAAUUAUAAUUAUGAUGAUGAAAGUGACAGCGAGGAUGAAGCAGCCCCCCGAAUAAGCGCAGGUGGUUACACCACGCACGGACUAACGGGCAGGCUGUGGCCCGCCUCUGUGUCCUCGGCCACCUUGGAGGACUGCAGUGACCCGGCUACUGAGGAGCGUGACCUGCUGGAGCCCGAGGCUGAUGCUGAGGCCCUGAUGGCACCAGGGCCCAGCCCCUGGCAGUCGGAAUGCACAAGUAGGGGCUACCAGGGGAGAGGGAACCUGCUGCAGGACCCCUUUUCCGAGGAGGACAGCAGCCCCACGGAGGGGUCUGGGGACAGAAUUGUCUUCAAUGUGGAUUUGAACUCUGUGUGCGUGAGGGCCCUUGAGGACAACGACGACUCAGAAGUCACUCCAAUGUUACCAUCUGGUCCAGAAGAGACAGUUGUGCUAGAGGACCCCGACGAGACAGAAUCAAACCUUCUUCUGGUGGCCAGUGGAGAAGGGACACAGCUGCCCUUCCCCGGCCCCUCUGCGGAGUAUCCGUGGCCUGAAGAUUCUCCUUCUGAUGAAAGUGACACUUCCGAAUCGGAUGUUGACAUGGGGGAUGGUUAUGUAAUGAGAUGAAUGAAUCAAGAAAUAUUUAAUUAACUUGGACACCUGCUACCUCCGGUGCUGUCCCUCCCAGCACCCGCACUUGCUCCUUUGGGGUCUCCAAGUGUUCUCCGACUGAAAGAUUAGGAGACUGGUGACAUCAUCUGUGCAAAUUCCCAGUCUGGGGGAAGGGGGGGUGGGAAACAGAGUAUUCUGGUAUCAUUCAGUGUGUUGUUUACCAGUUCAAAGUGAUUUGCUUUGAAGGGAAAAGGCCCUCCCCAUUCCCUUUAUUCUCAUGGAUGUCUAAUGUUUCUGCAUCAUGUUUCCCAGAGUAAAGAGCAGGGUUUAUAGCAGGGGCAGUCAGCAUUGUUUACCAAAGUCUCCAGGGAAGAGCUGGAAAGCAGCAGAAAAAGAGGAGGGAGGCUGGGCUGCGGGAGAGAAAGGAGGGGCACACACCAGGAAACAGAAGCACAGGCUUCGGGUUGGGUUAGAAGUAGGGAAGGUCCAGCCAAGUCUUGGGCACCUCCCUGAUGAUAUUCUGUCGCCUACACUCUUGAAAAUUCAACUCUCAGCCCCUUGCACAACCCUCCUCAAUCUGAGUGAGGAAGAGACACACCAAGUGCGGGCCGGGUGACUAAUACAGAAACAUUUGCAUAAGGGAGAGGGACAGAAUCUCUGUGUCAUAUUUUAAGAUUUAAUUUUGUACAAUGGUUGGAGGUUGGUAAAAAAGAAAACACGCUUUUUAAUAUAAAUUUGGGAAUGUC